AUGAAUCCAGGAGCUGUCACUCAAAUGCUGCAGGCGCACACCAGCCAAGGCACGAACAUCUGGAUCAGGCAAACCAUCGAGUCCCCUCACCUACCGACUCAAUCAUUCCCGCACGAUCUGCGCCUUGCAUUCGAGAAUCGCGAGCUCCUCUGGACCUCCAACGAAGACUUCCUUUCCUCCAUAAGCGCCAUCUUCUCGUCCGAGGUGGAUCAUCGUCGGAUCAAACUCUGUCUCAGCAGAGUCUUCACUCAUGUCGCCAUGGUCCCUUCAGCACGCGCCAUGGCCGCGCUGGCCAGCUUGCUAGCAAGAAACAUCAUGGACAGCAUACGUGAACAAGCCGAUCCGACUCUCGUGGUUGUGCGGAACGGGCUGAACAACGACCAAGUGUUCAGAGAGAUCCGCAAGAUUGCCAAAGGCCCAAGGGACAUGGCGAGACCAAUCUCAUGCGACUACAUCAAAACCCUCUCCCAGCUUCGCCGUGUGUGCGAGCUCUCUAAUCUGGUUCCGACGGAUGAUGCUUUGGCUGAUGCGUUUGACACCGUGCUCGAGACUCUAGCCACGGCAGCAGCUCGUACCAAUUCGCGACACCAUGUCUCCCAACGAGAUCUGGAUGGGCGCAUGGUCCAGAUUUACCGCCUCGUCGACGUGAUCGCCGAGCAGGAGAGACUUCGUCAGCAGCAUCACGGAACCGCUCACUCGCGUAUUCUGAUGGAAGUCGACAUCUUCGCAUACGGUUUUUCUGCGGGUCUCCGAUCCUCCCAUGUCAACGCCACAUUGGACAUGAUCAACCAUUGGAAGAAGUGGAACGCAGAGUGCUCCGACAAUGCCCGGGAGCGCGCUCGGUACCUGAGCAUACCCCUGCUGCCCGUUGUGGAUGGCGACAUUGCGCAUCCCUGCGACUUCUGGAUGAAUGCUGUUUACAGCGCCAUCAAUUACCUCCAACCAAGGUCUGACCCAGAGGAUGACUGGCCGUACUGGAACUUCGUGGCGUGCCUGCACAGGAUGAACAGUCUUGCGGCGACUUUUCCAGCCAACCAGAUGUACCAGAGUCAUGCCGCCGUCUUAAACUCGAUUAUGACCAAUACUGACACUCUUGCAAUCGACAAUGCGGCCAUCAGGGAGCUUUUGGACAAGCUCGAAGUCCACAACCUGGAUGUCGCCAGCUUCAAAACGUCAAGUGCCUACGAGUACCUCGUGCCACGGCAGAUGAAGGGUUGGGUUGACCGUGCGGAGCAGGUGCAGAUGCAUACCAAGGAGACUGUCGUUUUCGAGACUCAACAGUCUUAG